GAAACCUUGGACAGCAUGGAGGAGCUUCUUUUACCCAAUGCGGAGGAGGAGACGCGCUCCGACCACAGCACGUAUGUUACGGGAGACGCGGGAAGGACGAUGGGGGACCGGGUGAAGACUGGCCUCAAGAAACCGCUGAACCUCCUAAAUGCCGUGAAGGAUUUCCUGGUGAGGAACGGGCUGCUGACACUGUCGGUGGUGGCCGUGGUCUGCGGCUGCACCAUGGGCUUCCUGCUGAGGGGAACCCAGCUGUCCACACAGGCGAAGAUCUACUUCUCUUUCCCUGGAGAGCUGCUGAUGAGGAUGUUGAAGAUGCUCAUCCUUCCUCUCAUCACAUCCAGGAACAUGGUUCCCUCUAAUCUGAUUGAGGCCACGUUUCAGCAGUACAAAACGGACCUGAUUCCCAUCCUCAAGUCCCAACCAGAACCGUGCAGCCACUUCGUCUACGUCUUCCCAGAUGAGAAUGACCCUAAAGGUCGGACAGUGUACCUUGAGCUGACCCCGCCUCCAGAUGUCACGUACAAAACGAGUCCUGGCACCAGCCAACAGAUGAACGUCCUGGGCAUCGUCAUCUUCUCCGCCACCAUGGGCUUGUUGCUGGGCAGGAUGGGGGAGCGAGGAGCUCCACUGGUCAACGUCUGCCAGUGUAUCAACGAGUGUGUCAUGAAGAUCAUCAACGCUGCUGUGUGGUACUUCCCAUUUGGAAUCGUCUUCCUGGUGGCGGGUAAGAUCCUGGACAUGCAAGACCCAAGCACGCUGGGGAAGAAGCUGGGCUGGUAUGGCAUCACCGUGCUCGCUGGCCUCUUUGUCCAUGGACUUAUCCUCCUCCCUUUCUUCUACUUUGUCCUCACCAAGAAGAACCCCUUUACCUACAUCCGCGGGCUGCUGCAGGCCAUGGUGAUCGCCCUGGCAACCUCCUCCAGCUCUGCCACGCUUCCAAUCACCAUGAAGUGUUUGUUGGAAAACUGCCACGUGGACCGACAAAUUGCUCGCUUCGUCCUACCCGUGGGGGCUACAAUCAACAUGGAUGGGACGGCACUGUACGAGGCUGUGGCGGCCAUCUUCAUUGCUCAGGUUAAUGACUAUGAGCUGGACUUCGGCCAGUUGGUCACCAUCAGCAUCACGGCCACAGCUGCCAGCAUCGGUGCAGCAGGGAUCCCUCAGGCUGGUCUGGUUACCAUGGUGAUUGUACUGACAUCAGUAGGCCUGCCCCCAGAUGACAUCACACUCAUCGUGGCCAUCGACUGGAUUCUUGACAGGUUUCGAACCAUGAUCAACGUUCUGGGCGACGCUCUGGCAGCGGGAAUCAUCGACCAUCUCUGUCGGAAAGAUUUCCCCCUCAGUGGAGCAGAAAAGGCUGGGCCAUCUUAUGGUACGCAGAAUCCUCACGCUCACAACAACUCUAACAGUGUAGACGUGCCAAUGACAGAGAUCCACACACACAAAGACUGUAUGUUUGAUACGACGGGCGACUCAGUCGGCGAGAGGCACCCACACACCGUUUACUAUAACAUCUGUCAGGUGUGAUUGGAGACGCACCGAGUUAAAGUUCACUGUGCCAUCUGAACAGGAGGCAGACUUUGUUGUUACAGAGCAUGAUACCUCUUCUUCUGAGCAGCCCCAACUGCUUUGAAUUUAAUUUAGGUGACAGGAAAUGUUGUUUAUUUGGCCAAAAGUGGAUUGGAGCGUCAUUUGGAGCUUUUUCCCUAAUGACAGUGAGAACAAAAGCUCCACUACAAGAACUAAUGGUGCCAUUUUAAUGGAAACCAGCCAUCAGCACUAACUGGCAAACUAGCCUGAAUUUAAAAAGUGGUGGGAUUGAUAUAUCAAGAAGAGAAAUCCAGCAAAUUGUCUGGUUCCUUUUGAAGAACAGCUGAACAGGAGCCUGAUCUGCAUCAGAGACACAGCCCUCCUGGAAGCAUCUACACACUCAUCCUCAGGUCUGACAGCUCCACGUAGCAGCUGGACACGCUGCAGUUAACCUUCUGAACUGGGUAUCAAACCUUAAUGGCUCUUGGGUACUGCCAUAAAUGUGACUGUACUAUCACUUUCAGGUCAGUUUAGUUUUUAGUUUAACACAAAAUGAAGAUGGAAUGCCAGUUCCACACCUUGAAGUGAUCUAAAGAAGGAGAUGGCUGAUACAAGCUGCCAAAAUAAGUUUCCAUCACAGGGUCACUCGUCCCAGCUAAUAAGGGUUUCACAACAACAUUAUUGAAAGCACUUCAUCUGUGCAAAGUAAUCCACAGAAUGAAGCUUAUAACGUUAUUAUACAAAUCCACAUACUAUUAUGUGAAGGACUGCAGAGGGUCAUCUUACUUGGGGUCAAAAAACUUUGGGGCGCAAUACCUGGGCUGCCACUAUGAUUCCUUUAUUGCUGAGACCACAGCCGCUUUACCUGUUGGAAAUUAAUGAAUGAAAAUGAUUAGUGCAUGUCUGGUGUAAAAAACGUGUUAGUUACCAGGUGAGGGGAACCAAUGACCCUCGUGAGUCGUGACUGAUGGAGCCAGACGCCUCCUGAUAGAGAUCAGGCACUUGCUACUGAAAAGACUCUGGGGAGGCCCAGAAGACACUGAAGGGAUUAUAUCUCCUCAACCCUGAGCACUUCUUCCAACAUCUUCCAAGUCGAGCUGUUAGACAUCCCGACUGCUCAGACCCUUGUAAGCCAUCACCUUUGACUGGGUGCUAUAUUUGUACAACUGUGACCCCAUCAAAUAGUCCUGGUCCUCUUAUUAAGGAACCUGCAUCAUGUGAUACAACUUUUUCAUGCUUGUCAUCUCUACUCAGACUUUAAAGCCAGAACAAAUCCACUUCUAUGUUGAGAGAGUGAUAGUUUAAGACAACAUGUUGGAUCACAUUGAAUGUAAUUUAAAAUACUCGCAGGUUGACCAAAAGAGAAAGCUAAACAGCUUGGACCCCUCUCCUAGAACAUUUGUUUGUGUUUUAUCUCAAAUCAUCUCUGUCUUUCCUACAUCCCUUUGACUUUUCUGUGUGUUUGAUUGGCUGGUGCUCACUGCUGCCUGUUUAGACUGGUUGUGUGUUAAAGGGUAAUCUGUUCACUCUGACAGCCCAAUGGAUCCAAGUGCUCUUCACCUUGCAAAUCAAGCUUCUUCUUCUUCCAUCUUUUUUUUAUUGACAGCAUGCUGGCAUGCGCUCUUACUGGCUUCACUUGAAGCCGCUGUGCAUUAUAUUUUUCUCCUGUUUUUAAUCAAAGUGCUGUAGGGAUUAUGGGACUUGGUACCAAAGUCAGUUUGUGUUCAGUUACUACUUAACUACUUAAAUGUGUGUAUUACCUCAAAUUGUUUACUUACAUCUGAGAUUGUGAGUGACUUCUGGCAAUGUGUUUGACAAACACCAGUGGUUCAUAGAAGGUAAGAAAAAGGUGUAAGAACUCAUGUUUCAAAAGCUGGUCAGGGGAAAUUAAGUUAUGAUGUUAUAAAUAAAUGACUUGUAGUUAUGUGGACAAAUCAUAUAUAUAUAUAUAUAUUUUUUUUUAUAAAGUGCUCCUUUAACUUCUCUCUGUGUACAGUAAGUUAAGUAGCUGUGUUGUUUAUGUAGAACAAUGAAAACGUAGACCUGCCUUAAUGUAACCGUUGACAUUCUGUCAU